GGCCCGGCGCCCGCGGCCGGCAGACACGGAGCGGCGAGCGGGGCGCAGCGACGCCGCGGCGGCGCGGCGGGGCCGCGGGGCUCGGAAGAUGAAGUCCUCGGUACAUUCUGAAGAGGAUGAUUUUGUCCCAGAAUUACAUCGAAACAUUCACCCUCGAGAGCGGCCUGAUUGGGAAGAAACACUUAGUGCCAUGGCGAGAGGAGCGGACGUGCCAGAGAUUCCAGGAGACCUUUCUCUGAAGACAUGCAGCACCACUGCCAGCAUGAAGGUCAAACAUGUGAAAAAGUUACCGUUCACCAAAGGUCAUUUUCCGAAGAUGGCUGAGUGUGCACAUUUCCAUUAUGAGAACGUGGAAUUCGGCAGUAUCCAGCUGUCGCUUUCAGAGGAGCAGAAUGAAGUAAUGAAGAAUGGCUGUGACUCUAAAGAGCUGGUCUACCUCGUGCACAUCGCUUGUCAGGGCAAAAGUUGGAUUGUUAAAAGAAGUUACGAAGAUUUCCGGGUACUUGAUAAACAUCUCCAUCUAUGUAUUUAUGACCGAAGAUUCUCCCAGCUCUCCGAGCUCCCCCGUUCUGACGCCCUGAGGGACAGUCCAGAGUCAGUCACUCAGAUGCUUAUGGCUUACCUGUCCCGCCUUUCAGCUAUUGCUGGCAACAAGAUCAACUGUGGACCUGCUCUCACUUGGAUGGAGAUUGAUAAUAAGGGCAAUCACCUUCUGGUUCAUGAGGAGUCGUCCAUCAACACUCCUGCCGUGGGUGCUGCUCAUGUCAUCAAGAGGUAUACUGCCCGGGCCCCGGACGAGCUGAACUUAGAGGUGGGAGACAUCGUGUCUGUCAUCGACAUGCCCCCCAAGGUGCUCAGCACGUGGUGGAGAGGCAAGCACGGAUUCCAGGUUGGACUCUUCCCCGGACACUGUGUUGAAUUAAUCAACCAGAAAGUUCCCCAGUCAGUGACCAACUCGGUGCCCAAACCUGUGUCUAAGAAGCACGGCAAGCUCAUCACCUUCCUACGCACCUUCAUGAAGUCUCGUCCAACGAAACAGAAGCUGAAGCAGCGGGGGAUCUUGAAAGAGAGAGUAUUUGGCUGUGACCUGGGGGAGCACCUCCUGAAUUCUGGGUUCGAAGUACCCCAGGUGCUUCAAAGCUGCACGGCUUUCAUCGAGAGAUAUGGCAUCGUGGAUGGGAUAUAUCGUCUUUCUGGGGUCGCCUCCAAUAUCCAGAGACUCCGCCAUGAAUUUGACUCUGAGCACGUUCCCGACCUGACGAAAGAGCCCUACGUGCAAGACAUCCACUCAGUGGGCUCCCUCUGCAAGCUGUAUUUCCGGGAGCUGCCCAAUCCUCUGCUCACCUACCAGCUGUAUGAGAAGUUCUCAGAUGCCGUUUCUGCAGCGACAGAUGAAGAGAGGCUGAUAAAAAUCCACGAUGUCAUCCAGCAGCUGCCCCCACCUCACUACAGAACACUGGAGUUCCUAAUGAGACACUUGUCUCUUCUAGCUGAUUAUUGCUCCAUCACAAAUAUGCAUGCCAAAAACCUCGCCAUUGUCUGGGCUCCAAACCUGCUCAGAUCAAAGCAGAUAGAAUCCGCCUGCUUCAGUGGGACGGCAGCAUUCAUGGAAGUCCGAAUACAGUCUGUGGUGGUCGAAUUCAUCCUCAAUCACGUGGACGUGCUCUUCAGUGGGAAGAUCAGCGCUGUCAUCCAGGAGGGAGCAGCUGCUCUAUCAAGACCCAAGUCUCUGCUGGUUUCCUCUCCGUCUACCAAGCUGCUCACACUGGAGGAAGCCCAGGCACGGACACAAGCGCAGGUCAAUUCUCCGAUGGUGACGGAGAACAAGUACAUCGAAGUGGGAGAGGGUCCCGCCGCACUUCAGGGGAAAUUUCAUACCAUCAUCGAGUUCCCACUGGAAAGGAGGAGACCUCAGAACAAGAUGAAGAAAUCUCCGGUGGGCAGCUGGCGGUCCUUCUUCAACCUGGGGAAAUCGUCCUCUGUGUCCAAGCGGAAGCUCCAGCGCAACGAGAGCGAGCCCUCCGAGAUGAAGGCCAUGGCUCUGAAAGGAGGCAGAGCAGAAGGAACCCUCCGCUCGGCGAAAAGCGAAGAGUCGCUCACUUCUCUCCAUGCCGUCGAUGGUGACUCCAAGCUCUUCCGGCCCAGAAGGCCCCGGUCCAGCAGCGACGCGCUGAGCGCCUCCUUCAAUGGGGACAUGCUGGGCAACCGCUGUAACUCCUACGACAACCUGCCCCGGGACCACGAGAGCGAGGAGGAAGUGGGGCUGCUCCACAUCCCCGCACUCAUAUCUCCUCACUCGGCGGACGACGUGGACCUGAGCCCCCCCGACAUCGGCGUUGCCAGCCUGGAUUUUGACCCCAUGUCGUUUCAGUGUAGCCCCCCCAAGGCCGACACCGAGUGCCUGGAGAGCGGCGCCUCCUUCUUAGACUCGCUUGGAUACUCCAAGGAGGAGGCGCCCGGCAGCGAGAGGAGGGAGGCGGAGGCGGGCGGCGGGCAGAGCCAGACCCCGGGCAGCGCGGGCAGCUCCGAGCCCGUCUCCCCGCUGCAGGAGAAGCUGAGUCCCUUCUUCACCCUGGACCUGAGUCCCCCCGAGGAGAGGUCCUCGAAGCCCUCCACCUUCACGGAGAAGGUGGUCUAUGCUCUCUCCCCCAAGAUCGGCCGGAAGCUGAGCAAGUCCCCGUCGCUGAACAUCUCGGAGCCCAUCUCAGUCACCCUGCCCCCGCGGGUGUCGGAAGUCCUGGGGACCCCCUUGAAUAGCGCCGCCCAGUGCGCCUCGGUAACGCCCUGGAACAGAAGCGUCGACGACGACGAGAGCGACGGCGCCAACAGAUCCUCCACCCAGGCAGGCCCCGCGAGAGCCAAGGAGAGCGAGACCCCGGCCGCCCGCGACGGGGGAGCUCAGGCCCUGGACCCGGGGGUGGUGGCGGCGGUCGCCGAGCCUGCAGCACCCGAGCUGCCGGGGACGGAGGAGCCACCAGUGGCCAACACUCAGGGUCAGGCUGGACUUUCUGGAGAGACUCAGACAGGAGCAGUUGCCCAUGACCCCCCUCAGGAUCCCGUUCCCGUCAGUUCAGCCUCCAUUAUCCCGCCGCCGCCGCCUCCGAAAAACGCAGCGCGCCUGUUGGCGUUAGCGUUAGCCGAGUCGGCGCAGCAAGCUUCCACUCAGACCCUGAGGAGACCCGGGGCUGCCCCAGCCGCCCCCCCAGACUGCGGGGCCGUGGCGGCGGCGAGCACCGAGGACCGAGCGGCCGGCUGCUACCCUAGCGGGGCGCUCGAUAAAGCCUAUUUCCAGCCGGAGUGGCCGGGGGAGCAGCCGCGCCUCCACGACGGUGGGGCCGGGCUCGGUGACCCGCCCGGGCCGGACGCAGCGCCCCCCGCGGGGGACCACGACGCCCACUGCCAAGCCCAGGAGUCUGGGGAGCCCCUCCAGCAGCAGGCCGACCCUCCGGGAGGUCAGCCCCCUCGCGCCGCCGCCUCCGAGGAGCCAGACAAGCCCCGGGUCGCCCCCGUGGCCUCGCCGGAGUCGCGCUGUGAGGAUCUCCUGAGCUUCCCCGAGGAGCAGCCCGAGAAGAGGCAGCACAGCGUCUCCUUCCUGGACCCGGCCCCGUCCCAGCUGCACUUCUACAACGCCGACCAGCCCCCCGCCGCCGUCCUGGGCCCCGGCGGGGAGACCGCGGCCCACCACCCUCCGGAACUGCUGGGCAAAGCUCUGGCACCUUCGGGUUUCCCGCGGGACAGACUCCACCUGCCCUCCGGGUCCCCCGACGAGCACCCUGGCACGGCGGCCACCGCCACCCUGGGUUACCUGGCAGCCGUGGAAGCGGCCACCUGGGACGCCGUGGAGCCCCCGAUGGCCGCAGAGGUCACCUCUGCGGCCACCCUCCCGCGUUCGCACAGGACUAACCGCCCCCUGCCCCCGCCUCCUUCCCAGCACCCGCGGGUGGGGCAGGGGCCAGCAGGCGGCAGCGUGGGGCUGGCCGCCCCCCACAAGGUGGCAGGACCGGCCCCCGCCCCCGAGAGGCCGCCGGAGCCCAGAGCCCCGGCCGACCCGGGCCUGGCCCUGCCCGGCGAGGUGGCCGCCGCGCCGCAGGGCCCCGUGCCCGCCCAGCCGGGCCUCCCGGAGAAGGUGCGGGAGAGCACCAGGGCCCCCGCGCUGCAGCUGCGGGCCGAGUCGGUGCCCGUGUACUCGCCCUGCGGCUUCUCGGCGCCCGUGCCGCCCACCCGGACGCUGGAGAGCAAGAUCGCCGCGGCCCUGCACGCGGGCGCCGUCGUGGCCGGCCUGGACCUGCCCGGCGGCGCCGCCUCCGCCUACCGCCCCUUGGCCGCCGCCUGCCUGGCCCCGGCCCCGCUGGACGACGGCCUCCCGCUGCCCCUCCCGCUGCCGCAGCCCAGGCCCGCGCCCCUCAAGGCGCCCUUCGCCGCCCUCGGCCGCCCCGACUUCCCCGCCGAGCCCCUGGGCCCCGAGGGCUGCGCGCACUUCGCCCUGGCGCCCGGCUGCCAGUUCCGCGCCCAGAGCGUCCCCCCGCACCCCGGCAAGCUGCUGGACCCGCACCCCGCCUACGGGGCCAGGUCCGAGCCGCCGGCCCCCGUCGCCCCCGUCGCGGGGCCCCACUACGGCACCUACGCGGGCCCCGGCCGGAGCAGCGCGGCCGGGCUGCACGCGAAACCCUGCGGCGGGGGCGGCCGCGUGGACUACGGCCCCUCGCUGGGCGCCUCCCUGCGCGGCCCCUGCUACCCCGAGGACGCGCCCCCCUACCCCACCAUCCGGAGGGUGCAGUCGCUGCACGCCGCGCCGCCGCCGCCGCCGCCCGCCGCCGCGAUCCGCUCCGUGCCCGUCUCGCGCACGGAGGUGCCCCCCGACGACGAGCCCGCCUACUGCCCGCGCCCCCUGUACCAGUACAAGCCAUGCCAGCCCGCCGCGGCGGCCCGCUCCGACUACCACGUCACGCAGCUGCAGCCGUACUUCGAGAACGGCCGCGUCCACUACCGCUACAGCCCCUACGCCGGCGCGCCCGCGCCCUACCUGGGCCCCGACGCGGCCCUCUGCGAGCUGGACGCCGCCUACGGCGCCCUGCAGCUGCGGCCCCUGCACCGCCUGCCCAGCGCCGCCGCGCGGGACUGGGCGCUCCACCACCCCGCGCGGCCGCCGGGCAGGAGCCUGUACGGGGGCGCGGGCGGCGGCUACGCGGGGCUGCCCGCGCGCGCCCGGGCCGCGGCCGCCGGCUACUUCGCCGCCGACCCCGCCGAGGCCAAGGCCGCGGCCGCCUACGCCUCGUGGGACCUGGAGGACGUGGACAGGUACCGGCUGCAGUCCCUGCGCAGGGAGAGCCGCGCGCGGCAGAAGGCCAAGGGGCCCGUCGUGUCGCAGUACGACAACCUGGCGCCCGCCGGCCCCGGCCACGACGACCUGGGCGGCGGCGUCUACGUGGUCCACCUGCGCAGCAAGUCCGAUCCCGGGAAGACUGGACUCCUGUCGGUGGCCGAGGCCAAGGAGGGCCGGUCCGCCGCCGCCAAGGCCGUGAGCCCCCAAGGCGAGGAGCGCUUCUACCGCAAGCAUCCCGAGCCCGAGCUGGAGCGCGCGCACCCGCACGCGCACCCGCACCCGCACGCGCACCCGCACCCGCACCCGCACCCCGGCUACGGCAACGGGCCGGCCGAGAAGCCGGCGCUGCCGCAGAAGCAGAGCAGCCUGCGGGGCCGCAAGCCGGCCGAGGGGGGCUGCGGCCCGGCCGAGCCCCGGGCGCCCCAGGAUGCAAGCCAUAGGCCGCCGUGCGAGCCCAAGAACGGGCCCCCCCUCGCGCAGCCCCUGGACUUCGAGCCCGGCGGCCACCCCGGCGCGGGGGGCAAGUACGUCCCGCCGCCGCCGCCGCCGUCGUCGUCGUCGACCUUGGGCCACGAGGCUUUGACGUUGCGGCUGCACCCCAAGGAGGGCAGACCCUUCCGGGGGGAGCCCGAGCGGGCGCGCGCCGCCCCCCGGCCGGCCCCCGACAAGCACGCCCGGGACUGCUGCUACCCGGAGGAGGAGCCCCUGGCCCUGGCCGCCGGGCCGCCCCCGAAGCCCGAGCGGAGCCACAGCCUGAAACUGCACCCCGGCCCGGCCGCCGGGGACAGGGACAGGGACCCCGCGGGGCCCUACCACUACGCGGCCCACGGCAAGCGGCACGGGGCCGGCAGCGCGGCGGCGGUGGUCUCCCAGUACGACAACCUGGAGGGCUACCACUCCCUGCCCCAGCACCAGCACCCGCGGGUGGGCUUUGGGGGCGCCGCCGCCGCCGGCUUCCCCCACCCGCAGAGCAGGACCUACGCCACGGCGCUGGGCCAGGGGGCCUUCCUGCCCGCCGAGCUGGCCUUGCAGCGGCCCGAGGCGCAGGUCCACGCAGAAUGAGCCCCCCACUCCC